GGUGACCGUCGUUCUUCAUCCCCUGGUGUUCGUGGUGCGGGACCUUUUGCACAUGCUUUUACCCCGCUCUCACACUAUGGUCAAGUGCAUGAACAACCCCAACAGGAAGAACAAAUGUCCCAGGAGGCCGCUGCUGCUGCAUCUUUAGCCGAUCAACAGCAACAGCAACAGCAAGAUCAGUAUCAAGACAAUAAUAGUGCUUAUGGUUAUGGCCAACCGUAUGGUGGUUAUGGCUACGGUGCUCAACCGACAAAUGCAACCACUUCUCCGUUCGGUCAUAGUGCUGGUGGUACGCCAGCAGCAGAACAACAUCAUGGUAUGUCUUACUAUGGCCAGGAUUCUUACAGUAAUGACCCCUCUGUUGGAUACGGAGAACAACAGCAAAAUGGUUAUGGUGGUUGGUAUGGCUCCGAUCAACAGCAGCAGCAGCAGCAGCAGCAACAGCAACCGGAACCGGAACCGGCGGCGGCAGCAGGAGCAGGAGCAGUUCCCAGUUACGAACCACCGACACCUGCAGCUAGCAAUUAUGAGCCCAGUUAUCAGGGAGAAGAUGAUGAUCUUGGCUUUGGCAACACUUCGCUUACAAAGAGCAAACCAGCACCUCCACCUGCACCUGCAGCAGGAUCUGGUGACGCCAACAAUGAAAAUCAGGCUCAAGCAGCUGCACCGGAACCAUCAUCGCAAGAGAAUCCCACGGACAAACCACAUGAAGCAGAUGAACAGAAGACAGAUGAAGCCAAAGGAUGGCGUAUCUUUUCACUAUUCUCAAGAAGUUCAACGCCUUCCAACUCAACCCCGGGUGAAAAGAAAGCUGUCAAGGCCAAUCUUGGCGAAGAAAGUGCAUUCUAUUAUGACGAGAAGGAAAAGCGCUGGGUCAACAAGAAUGCUCCCGCUCAAGCAGCAGCAGCACCGCUGCCUCCUCCACCCAAGGCAAGCUCAAGUCCAGCACCACCUUUUUCUUCUUCUUCUUCCAGCCACAAUGCACUCACACCUCCUCCUAAUGCACCACCUUCCACAACCGCAUCGACACCUCCUCAACGGCCACCCGCUAUGAUGCGCUCGGGAAGCACGCCAGCCUCAGCAACGGCUACCACGCCGCCUGCUCGAUCAGCAACAUCUCCACCGCCUAGUGGUGGAGCAAGGCGUGCAGGCCGUAAACCUAUGCGAAGUAGAUAUGUCGAUGUGUUUAAUCAGCCUGGAAAUUAGAAACUUUGGAAGCACGCACUUUUUUUUUCUCUUUCACUACUCUCUAUACAACUACAACAAAACUUACUAUUAAAGAACAAAAGCAUGAUUAUUUUACAGAUGUCAGCUACAGUGUUUUUGAACGUU